AUGCGAAGGUGGGAGAUGCUGCAGACCAAACAAAUCUUUCCACAAGGUAGGAGGCCACCUAAGUGCCUUGAUGCAUGCAGGUGUUUGUAACCGUGGAAUCUUAGCACUCGCAGAUUUUAUUUAUUUGGGCAUGGCACAGGCUAUCAAAAUUUAUCUUCCAAAUGAGGGAUGUAAUUAUAUUUUGAUAAAGAUCCGGCAAUCCAGGGAGAAUGAAAAGUUAAGGGUUGCUGGGAUACCAAUGACUCUUGCUUACGAGGAGGUGGCUGUGUGUGGAAUACUAAUCGGCUGGGGUUGCCCAGCCUUCCUUAUCUAGACUUUUCCAAUAGUGUUUGAUAACGCAAGCAGUCGAGUGCUGUUAUUCUGGCAGAGUGAUUAAAGAUACGACUUGUCUUUUAUGAAUGAAAAGGUGACAUGCGCAACAUGGAAAGCAAAGAUACGUCCUGCCAUUUGAUAUAUUGUGAACAUUCAAGGGUUUGGCAUUAUAAUUUGUGCCUGUAUUAUUGAGGCUGCAGAAAUAAACGUGUGUGUGUGUGUGUGUGUGAUUUCAUGCUUCUGGUUUCCAGGGUGUGGCACAGUGCUUAAAUUCUGGAAACACACGGAAGAAUAAGGAUGAGCAAAGGACAAACGAAUUUAUUCCUUCUUUGUAUUUUCCUGCAUGUGGCCAGAUACCAUAGGCUACCACAGCCGUUCGGUGGGGUGAGGCUGCGCCUGGCCACCUCUGUGCUGAUUUCUGGCAAGAUCUUGUGAGAUCUCCCCUGAAAUCAGUGCCUGUGCCGGCAUCGCUUCUCUGCCAGCACCACAGGUAGCAGCGGCCGGCACUUCCUGAUUUGCCUCAAACAGCAAAAUAGGAUCAUUGGCCCUGACCACAGCACAUCUUAUCAUGAUUAAAUUUGUUACCCUUCCUUCACUAUCAGAUGCAUAUGCCAUAAAGCAGGGAAGGGGCAUCUCAGGCCCAGAUGUGGCCCUUGGGACUUUCCUUAGGCCACACCCCUUCUCCUCAGGCCACGCCCAUCACCUGUCCUGCUUUGCACCCUCUCUGAGUGUUUCUGCCUGAUUGCAAUGUGUCCUUGAACUCCCAUAAUGCUUUGUGCUUGCCUGCAAGGAGACUAAAGAGGGGUGCGUCUGUAAAAAUUAGCUCAGUGCACAGAGGUAAAAUUGGCAUGAAUUGCUCUGUCCAUUUUUGCCUCUGAUCCCACCCGCCACUGGCAUGUCCCACCUCACAAGGUUGUCCAGAAGGGAAAGUGACUAUUGGGCAGAAAGGGGUUCCCCAUCUCCAACACAGGCUGUAUGGAAUGCAAAUCUUUGCUAAAUGGAGCGAGCUCAAACAAAUUAAUUUGUGGUCUGUGGUUAUCAAGUCUCUUAAUGAAAAUUGAAAAUCCAUCACAAAGAAAUGCCCGAAGUGUGAGAACAUUUUAGAAACUAUCCAAUUUUGGGUUGCAUAAUUUAGGUUUCAGUCCUAUGUACUUCUCCAAUUGGGAGCAAGUCCCAUUGAAGACAGUGGGAUGCACUGCCAAGUCAACAUCCAAAGAAGCAGGCCAUGAAUGUUGAAAUAAAGAGAGAUGGGGAGACAGGAAGAGUUCAAAGGACCUGUCCUCUCACCCAAGUCAGGGUGAAGGGGAAAGGAUGCCUUUCAGAUGGAUCAAUCUGGUUCUUACUCCUAUUUCUGAUUCUCAUUCCCACCAAUUAAAACUUAAUUUAAAAAUCUCAGUUCCUCAUUCCGGAAAGAGACAUUCAAAAUAGAGUUUUGGGAAGGGGGAGCAAAUGUUCACAAUUCACUCUGCUCCCAAGCUUCCUGAGUCGACUAGGAAUGUAUAAAGUGGAUUUCUAAGUGCAUUUGGAAAAGCACAGUGACAAACCUUCCUGCAACUGGGAGCCCUUCCUUAUCAGGUACCUUAUCACCCAAGUACCAUAAUUUAGACCUGGAGUGGCUAAUGGGUGGUCCACAGACUGGAUCAAUGCUAGCCAAAUCCUUUUUUGGCUACAAGUCUCUGAUACAAGUUCACUAAUCAUUUCAUUGUCUUUUUGCAAUAGAGUAUGGCAACUUUUGUAAUGUGCUGUUCUUUGGGCUCUACUGCUCUAAUAAAUAUAUACCGCUUAAUGGCUCCAUAGUUGUUAAAAAUGACUGGGUGGUCUCCCUCUAAUACUUAAUGAACAACAUCCUCAUUAUGAAUCUCAGCUGACCAUAAUUGCCCUCCUUGUUGGCAGACUUAACAGAGAUGUGAAGAAGUGUGAUAAGAUUGCCAUGUGGCGGCAGUGCCUUCAAUACAAAGUUCAGGAAUAGAGAUUGUUUGAUGAAGCUCUGGAGUAGCUGAAUUUCUAUUAUUAUUAUUAUUAUUAUUAUUAUUAUUAUUAUUAUUAUUUACACCCUGCCCAACUGGCUGGGUUUUCCCAGCCACUCAGGGCAGCUUACUGCAUAUAUAAAGCAUAGUAAAUUAUCAAACAUUAAAAACUUCCUGAUACAGGGCUAUCUUCGGAUGUCUUCUAAAAGUUAUGUAGUUCUUUAUCUCCUUGACAUCUGAAGGGAGGGUGUUCCACAGGGAGGGCGCCACUACCGAGAAGGCCUUCUGCCUAUUCCUCUGCCUGGUUCCCUUUAGGUAGUUAAGUAACUUUUGUAAUUUAUAUAUUGCAAGGAUUUCUCAAAGGGAAAAACAAAACAAAACAUUUUUUGCCACACUGUAUUGUUGCCAAAUCUUGUGACUGUCUCUUCACGUGAAGUUUCCUGAACAAAGAUGAUAUUAGACACUUCUGAAAAUGUAAUAUGACUGAACCCUAGAAACACAUGGUAGAAGACCAACUGACUACUGUAGAGUCUAACAGAAGGCAUUAUACUCUUAGUUAUGUAUUAAACAUGUACAACUUAUAACACAUCAGAGUUCAGGUUUAGAUACAGGCAGUAAGUCUGCAAAUAUAUGGCACAGUCAUCCACAGCAAUGCAAAACUUUUAUCAUCUUGCUGUAUCUUCAGUGAAUGCUCACAGCACUGAAUGUAUGCUAGAGCAUUCUUGUAUUUUGGACUGGCUUUGGCUAGGGAUGGAUGGAGAAAUCUAUAAGUUUUGGUUUCUGCCAGUUUCUCAUUUUUCCACCCUUAAUUUCCGCGUCCUCCUUUUCACAUGCAUUUCUCCUGAUUUAGUGGUACCUCGGGUUACAGACACUUCAGGUUACAGACGCUUCAGGUUACAGACUCCACUAAUCCAGAAAUAGUACAUCGGGUUAAGAACUUUGCUUCAGGACGAGAACAGAAAUUGUGUGGUGACGGCAUGGCAGCAGCAGGAGGCCCCAUUAGCUAAAGUGGUGCUUCAGCUUAAGAACAGUUUCAGGUUAAGAACGGACCUCCAGAAUGAAUUAAGUUAUUAACCCGAGGUACCACUGUAUAUGUUUUUUGUUAUGUAAUUUUACCUAAUAAAUGAACAUCCACAAGCUAUUUUCCUCAAUACAGGGUAGCUUUGUAAGUUCUUUUUACUACAACAUGCAUUUAUGUGCACUAUUUUGGUUAGAGAAUUGCAUCGCCAAAUUUUGGAGGAGUUUGAAUUUCAAAGGAUAGCUGUGUCUCAGUUCGCAAGUUGAGUUGGGAAUUUGCACAUCAGUGCAAGUUUACAAUGCAAGCAGAAUGAAUUCCUUCCCUUACCUAGCUUUGGCUGUGAGGGAAAACAUUCUGCAGAAGAAACAGUUGGAGUGUGUGAAUUGCAUGUUUCUUUCCUUAUUUCCUUGGUGUGUAUGCUUCCAUUUCUCUGCUGCUUUAGAAGAAAGGUUCAUUGGUGUAGGAGGCAAGCAUCAUAUUUUGUAAGUCAACUAAUUCCCAGCUAGUCUGCUUAGCCACAGAAGUAGAGCAACAAUAGAAGGCUUUCUCUGUAGGCAGUUACCUUGUUAUCCACUGGUAGUCCAAUAAAACUGAAGAGAGCUCUGACACCGUGGUGACCUUGCUGAAAUUCUUUUACAGCCUUUGCUUUGGGAAAGGCCUGUUUUGUUCCCUUGUUCCUUGUUUGUGCCAACAUUUGUAUUUGAUCUCUUGCUGGUUGUCACUAGUAAGCCAGGACCUGAAAGAAGUUGCUUUCAAUUCCUCUGCAUGAUCAAAGUCUCUUCGUGGAGUUUAUGUGGGUUUCUUGCCUCUCUGUUACAUAACAAAGCAAAAACCUGCCACUUAAAAUGACAGCUUCAAAUUUCUCAAGGAAGGAAGGGAUGAUGGGAAGGGAUCACUCCAAUCGCCUGAAGAAUAUAAAGAGGGCGGGAGUAUACACACACACACACACACACACACACACACACGUGCUCUGGGGUUCAUUUGCGCUGGCCUUUGCGAGGGAAAAUGAAAUGCUGCAGUUUUAUGCAUACAAACCAGGAACCCUUCAACCGUCUUGGGAAUUAUGCCGGAGCUUUCCUAUACUGGUGUGGUGGGUUUUUUUCCCCUUCUCCAUUUUGCUUACUAAGUUGCUUCUCCAGACAGAUUUGCUUCUGCAUGUAUCAGGACCAAGCGCAGAGAGCGAGUAUCGCAGCACAUGCAUUAUUGAUUGUUUCAAACAUAUAUUAAUAGAUAAGCAUGUUGCGGUACUUCUCAGUGUAUUCUGUCACAGCGCAUUAGAGCGGAUGAGUUGCAGAGGGAUUUGUUCUUUGCGGAAUACAGUGUGUUUUUCAGAUGGGAGAUUCCCACCGGCACAGGAAGGCAUAUGUGUGUGUGUGUAUCUAUUGCACAUGGACGCAAUGCACAUACAAGUAGACAAUCCAUUUUUAUCCCUACUCCUCACUUGGAGGGAGGGAUUAGAAGGGCAAAUCCAUUUAGGGAAACACCCUCCCAUCUCUCUUCAGCCUCUCACUGCCUUUCUUUGCUACUCAGCGCUGGCAAAGUGCUUCUGUGCUCCACUCCCCCAGCUUGAACCCUUUCCUCUUCGAAGCAAUCUAGGUCACUAAGUAAAGGAGGAGGCGGGGGACGUGGAGAAAACAGAGAAAAGGAAUUGGGUUAUGGUGGAACUUUCUAGGAAUGAAGCCUACGUACAACUCGGGGACAGGUGUUCUUUUGUACACAAAGCCUUUGGAACAGCUCGGGCUCAUGGCAAGCUAUUUGCAAUGCAUGGAUAUUACACUCAGGUACGCCUGAUUGAAGUGGUAGGAAUGACACUUUGGAGCAGGGUGCACUCCACAUCAGGAUCCCUCAUCAUAGGGAUCAUAGGGCUAAAGAGCACCUCCUUUGCAUUCAGAAGGUCUUGGGCUCAAUCCCUGCCAUCUUUAGUGACAAAGGUAGCAGAUUCUGCAGGUAGCAGGUGAUGUGGAAGACUGCCACUUGAGACCUUGGAAAGCCAUCGUCAGGUUGAGUUGACAAUACUGGACUGUUCCCCAAACCUUUAGUCACAUAUUUUGAAACAGAAGGCUCUGUUGUAGAAUUUGGCCCGAAGAGCCACACUCCCAUGGAUGCCAUUAUGAGAUACCUGAAAUCUGUUCAUUUGGAGAGCCUCUGUGGCAGUAUUUUCCUUACUUUCCCAUUUUGUCUGUGUCUUUUUCACCUUCCUCCUCCUGUGUAAGAUCUACCCACUGCCAAUGUUCCUGCGAGAGUACCUCUUCUGUUUUGCAACUGUAUGUUGAACCCUUGCUGAAAUGACAAUGGUCCCUGCACAUCAGUAAACCUGACCUCUCAGCUUUUUCCGAACUGCCCAAGUGAGGUCUGAAAUCCUUCCCUGGCAUUGAUUCUUCCUCCUUGCUACCAUCCCCACAUCCUCCGGACUAUCACAGGCCUUAGUCACAUUUUUCUGGCUUCUUUGUGUAUGGGCUUCUUUGUUUGCUGUGAAUGGAUGGUCUCUACUCUCUCCAGUUCAGGUAAUAUUACUGAAAUAUGGCCCAUGAGGGGUAGGAUGCAUGAUCUCCAUGUUUCUGCUGAUAGUGAUUUUUCACGAGUUAAGUGUAGGCCUCCAUCUUCUCUCAGUUGUGAGGUAGGAUAGCAACAGCAUUGGAGCAAACUGUUUUUCAUAAACUCAUGUCAGGUUAAGCAGAUCAAGACUUUGAGGUUCUUUUAUUAUACUUGUUUCCUCCCCUGCCCCCGUCCCUGCCCCAAAGAAAAAGAAAAUAUACUGAAGCAAUACAGAUGCAUAUAUAUUUAUUAUAAUGGGUCAAGUUUGAGUAACAAGGAGGGCCGUGGGUAAUGACUGAGAUGAAUGUUUAUCAAUCAGUUUCAGGUUGUUGAGAUUUCUCUACUGACAUCUGCCUCUGUUUUCAUGAAGCUACAUGCCUGAGACUACCCACCAGAGAUGUUUGGGUGGUAUCCAACUUAUAUUCUGCAUAAACCCGCUGAAAGUAACCUAAGUUAGUCAUGUGCAUUCUUUUCAAUGGGUCUGCUCCCACUCCUACACUGGUCCUACUCAGUGAUGAGUACAACCCUUUGUGUCUUGUUUUUGUUGAUUAUUUGUUUUGCUUUUCUUUUUUUACAUGUAUCUUUAAUAAUACUAAUAUGGUUUGUUAGAGUGUCAGACUAAAACUGAGAAGAUCUAGGUUCAAAUCCCAGAGGCAGACACUCUUGGCCUUGCCUACUUCACAGGGCUGUUGUCAGAAUGGGAGAGGAACCAAGCACACUGUAUUGAGCUCCCUCAAGGAAAGAUAGGGUAUAAAUGAAACAUUUUAAAAACAAAAUUCAGCAAUAAUGUUUAACAUGAUUUUAAAACAAAAAUAUAGCAAUUUCUCACAGUUCAGUUUACCAAACGAUGACAAAGGAUAUGUGAAUAAUGUGGUGUAUAAACUCAACCUGGUUUUAAUCCCUGGUAGCCUUCAUACUAUGGAGAUUUUUUUAUUUUAAAAAAGGCAUAUUUGCAAAUGUUCGCGCUUGGGUGGCUUUAAAACUUAUUUAUUUUUAUUCAGAAAAAAUCUGAAUGGCUUAAUAAAAAAAAAACCCAUUUCAGUGAUUUACAUAAAAUAACGAUCAGCAAUAUACAGAUAAAAGCAACAAAAUGGCAAAACCCAAUUAUACGUAAUGAAACUAUAUGUCUGGUAGGCAUACUGGAAUAUCCAUAUUACAGUAUAGUGAGGGUGCCUGCUUAAUGUUAAUAAGCAGGGAGCUCCAAAGCAUAAGAGCUGCCAUGCUAAAUAAUUUUUUUGACUCCUCACAGAUGUGGAACACCAUUAUAUGGCACUUGCAAAACUGCACGUUCUGCAGAUUGAAGAGGUUGAGUAGGCAGGUAUUUGUGCAGUAUUUGCGAAUUUGGUCAGGUUUUUGAAAAAAACCAGACCCUAAUUAGUCACCUAGGAAAGAGCAAGAAGUGGCUGCACAUAUGGCAGCUUCCAAUAUAUCGGCGGUGGCCAACUUUUCAGAAGAGCUGAGCAGCCUAGGUGAAUGGAAUCGUAACUCAUUUUGGACCCCCACAAGGGUGUUGAGGCCUGUUGAAAAACAGGCCCGCUAGAGCAUCCUGCUUCUUGACAGGAUAAUUGAAGCAUGUGGUUUGGUUGACCUUUAGUUAUCAAAGAUGGCCAUUCCCAGAGCCAUUAGCAUAAAUAAAACACCCUUUCAGCAAGCGUUUCCAGAUGCCACAUAAAAUGGCCCAUAAGCUCAACUGAUGUGAACAGCUGCUUUCCGUUCCAGCGUGCUUCCUCUGCUGCAGGACUCAGUGAGCUCUGGCUUGGAGCGCCCUUGGAAUGGGCCCGUCGAGGUGAGACAUGAACGAAUUCCAGAAGACCUUCGGAAGCUUCUGGAAAGUUAUUUUGGCAUGUCUAGCAGCUGCUAUGUGUGUGCAUUUAUUACCAGGGGAGGCUGGUCCACAAGGGCAACUGGGGCACUGUGCCACCAACCACAGCCUGCCCUCAGCAAACCCUCAUCUGCUUGCCUUCUUACUUACAACCAGUCCAGGCCUUGGCUGCCUGCUUCCUCCAUUUUAGCUUCAGGGUUGACCUUACAGAACUCAGCAGGAAGAAAGAUGGGUGGAAAAACAGAAGUCAUUGGCCUCUGCCUUUCAUUGGCUAUGGCUCCUGCGGGCCCUCUUGCCUUGCACCUUACAAGGGAUAUCAGCCACCACAGGUUAUUAUUGAUAGUUCCCUGUGACAAAUUCUAUAUAAUACUGCUAAAAAUGAUAAUUACUAAUAAUAUACAAGUAUAUGUUUGUUUGUAUAGUUCUAAAUGUUCUAACUGCUUAAUAUACAUUAUCCUCUUUCAGUCCUGGGAGGCCACUCAUAUAUUACAGAUGGGGGAACAGAAACAGACCCAGUGCUGACUUAACACAUUUCCUGGUCUCUUAACAAGAUGUUAGAAUUUAACCCAAGAAAAUCUUUAAUAAAAACUUUUUUUUUUUACAAACCCCCCGUAAGAUAUAGAAUUGCCACUUACUCUGUACCCUCCCCUUCUUCCCUUGCGCAUGAUUUCCUACCCCCCUUCCCCUUUCAAUAUCAUUUAUUUUUAUUUAUUUCAUAAAAUUUAUAUACAGCUUGGUUGGUUGGUUAUAAUAAUAAUAAUAAUAACCACCCUCAAAGUGGUUUACCAUAAUCCACUGUAGUCUUGACACACUGGCUUUACAAUGAAAUGUGAAACCAGAAUUUGAAGCUGUCUUAUAACUCCUGAUUAAUGCCAGCUAUGCCUGCCCAGUGCAGAUGUAACUGGUGAGCACCAAACAGUGGUUUAGGGAAUGCAAGCGCCCUGUGAGUUUGCACACUCCUCCCGUAACCUUCUCAUCCUCCCUGUUCCUUUCUCCAUCCAGUUCAGUUUUUUAAAAUACCGACAAUUAGAACUGAUUAUUUUUGCUAACUAUAGUUAGUGCCGAGCCAUUGUUUUAAAAUCUAGUCGGAUGCAGGAUUGCAAAUUGUGAUUUGGGUUACAUAUCAGGCUACUAUGUAAACUACAUCAGGCCACAGAUAUGGAUUUAAAUAUGAUGAUAAAAAAAGAGAAUGGAGGGGAAACUGUGCAGGAUAAAAGUAAGAAGGGGAGGAAUCUGCUUCAUACUAAAUCAUACAGUUGUUCUCUCUAGCACAUUAUUGUCAGCACUGACAGGUAGUGGCUCUGGAAGGUUUCAAACAGGAAACAUUCCCAGCCCUGCUCGCAGAUGUUCUUCAUGCAAAGUACAGUGGUACGUCGGGUUAAGUACUUAAUUCGUUCCGUAGGUCCGUUCUUAACCUGAAACUGUUCUUAACCUGAAGCACCACUUUAGCUAAUGGGGUCUCCCACUGCUGCCGCUGCACCGCCAAAGCACGAUUUCUGUUCUCAUCCUUGAAGCAAAGUUCUUAACCCGAGGUACUAUUUCUGGGUGGUUAGCAGAGUCUGUAACCUGAAGCGUAUGUAACCUGAAGCGUCUGUAACCCAAGAUACCACUGUACUGCCACUGAGCUGGGAACCACCCCCUGCAAAUAUAGGGGGAUCUUCUGAUCUCUUAAGUAUGCUUAAGAGAUCAAGAGACCUUGGGCCAUAUUCAGUGCUACAGCUCUGCUGUCACAACAGACUUAAAUGAGCACAGCAGUUUCCUCUAUCUGGAUAUGCAUCCUCAGAAUCAGCUCCAAAGGGUUGGGGGACCCUCCAGAGCAUAUUUGAGGUGUGUGCAGCGGGGAGAGCAAAUGGAAGACCCGUUGCACCAACAGAACUACAUGUGUUGAGCUUCAGAUGAAGCCCAUUGCCUCUACACUGGGCCAUGGCUGUUUGCCUAAAGCCACCCAACAAAUUGGGAGGUUUACUUCUAGCUCAUUGAUUUCUACCAUUGCACCAAACUAGUUCUACAGCACUUUUUAUCUGCAAAGUGCUUUACCAUUUUUACCACACUUUCCUACAUCUGCAUGUGAGAUUAGUCACUAUUGUUCCCAUUUUACUGAGCCUGAGAGAUAAGUUCCUUUACUUGCCCAGGACCACAAAAAUAUGUUAUUGGCAGAAUCUGAAUCCAGAGAUCCAAGUCUAAUUUUCUAGCUAACGGAUCGCAGUGGAUAUUCCAUGCUGCCUUGGCUCAAGAGGUUUAAGAGUGGCUUCUGCAGAAUGAGAAGUGACUGCUUUGUUUAGCAUGGUCAUGCAUGACAAGCAAUAAUGUGUAUGCUUUGCCAGCAUUAUAGACUUUAACUUCCAGAAUAUGGCAGCAAAAGACACAAGCUCCUGCAAGGGGGGAAUAUCAUUGAAGGCAUUCUGGGCUAUAAAUAAAAUGUACAUCAGUCUUGGCACUUGCCUCCAUGAAACAUUUAUGCACUAAUAUGCUUGAUGUAGUUGGAUGUGUUCCCAGCUUAUCUUGUAUCUGAGAUGAACUGGUUCUGUCUUGAAAUUAAUUUUCUGUUUUUCUUACAAUAUUCUGUGGCAGUCAAUGCUAGAAACAAACAGUGCUCCUGUUGACUCAUCAUGCAGCUAGAUGUGGAAGAAUUGGUCCUCCCUCAGGUUCAGCUUAGGGCUUGUACAGACACGGAAAUACUGUUGACUUGGGAAACAUAGGAAGCUGCCAUAGAGAGAGUCAGAGCAGAGCCCCUUCUGAGAAUUGUCUACAGACUUGACAGGAGCUUUCUGCAGUUUCAGAGAAGGAUCUUUCCCAGCCUUACCUGGAGCUGCCAAGGGGGACUGAAGCUGAUACCUUUUGGGUGCAAAACAAGUGCUUCGCCCUUCCCCUUUGCCUUUCUCUUGCAACAGGAUGCAGUUUGGGGACUGUUUUAAAAGGGGUUUCAAAUUGUAUCAGUGAGGUAAAAGAAUACCUGUUUCCUUCCCAUAAUGUUCUAUUGAUUCCAUAUAUUUUUAUUUAAAGAAUGCACAUGCCCCUUUCCAGAAUUGGAGGGCACGCUUUUAAAAAUGAGACCCUUUCUCCUGCAAGUAUUGGUGCAGGAUUGGGCGUUGCAGUAUGGAGAAAGUUAAGACAUUGGUUGCUUAUGAAUUAUAAUCUGUACAAUUCCUAGUUCAGUGGCUUAGUAGAUCUGAAUGGAGCAGCCCAGGGAAUUUGCUGCUUUUAAUGAAUUAAUAUGUUAAUUAGGAAGAAUAUUGCAACUGGUUGACUCUUCAUAAGAGAGUAAAGUGGCACUGAAGAAAAAAAACCUGCCUGACCCACAGAUUACGUCUGUAGGCUUUUUGAUACCUUGGUACUGUAUUAUUCUGUUGUGAACAGGUGGGGAGUGUUUUGCUUCGAAUUAUCCCGUUUUCUCACACAUUUUUUUGUAUGGGGGAGUGAUUGAUCUGAGUCAAAUUUUGUGGAGUACUCUUGUCUACAAAAAACUUGUGUACUUGCAUAACUACUCUUAGAUUCUUUCUUUUAUAAUCUAAGAAUCAGAACAGAUAUUGUCUUCCCGAUUUCUUAACCAUGGCUAGGAGUUUAGAAGCAUUGCCGUGAUUUACAUGCUUUCCUGUUUUUUCCCUUUUUUCUAGAUAAAACCCCUCCUGUGAUUUUCUUUCACCCUGUUCUAAUGCAUAGAUGGCUAACCUUUGGCCCUCCACAUGCUGUUGGGACAAUAACCCCUAUCAUCCCUGAUUAUUGAUCUUGCUGGCUGGAAGUGAUGGAAGUCAUAGUCCAACAAUACAGGCCACAGAUUUGUUACCCUAAACUAGAGUGUAAUCCAGCCACCGUCCCCUGAGUUAGGAUGUACAGUGAUACCUUGGUUCUCGAACUUAAUCCGUUCCGGAAGUCCGUUCAACUCCCGAAACAUUCGAAAACCAAGGCACGGCUUCUGACUGGCGCAGGCGCCCUGGAAACAACAGCCAACAGCUGCAUCAGACAUUCGGCUUCCAAAAAAUGUUCAAAAACCGGAACACUUACUUCUGGGUUUUUGGCGUUCAGGAGCUGAUUUGUUCAUCAACUAAACCAUUUGAGAACCAAGGUUCCACUGUAAUGGGAAAGUAUGAUAGGUUUAAAAUAAGGAAAUAAAAGCUUCCAAUAUCCUAUGGCAUGAGAAAAAGGAGAUAUGAGGAUGGAGCCACAACUUGUUCACGAAUCAGAAAACCAUGGUUUCAAUUCCAUCUGCACUGGGCCUAUGUCUACACUGCACUGGGACUUAACCCUUUUAAUGAUGCAUUUAAGACUUCCCAAUUACAAUGUGGCAACUUGACAUUUUACAUAUCCAUCCUUUACCGCACUCCAUCUGCUGAAAAAAAAUACGACCCUGACUUUUAAAUCACACACACACACACACACACACACAAUUUUAUUAUUUAUAUACAUUAAAACCUGCUCACUUGGGACGCUGGCUAGAAUUCUUUUAAACCAUAUUCUCCAUUUGGUAAUUAAGGGUUGAGAAAUUGUAAAAGGAGGAAAAGGGAAAUGUGAGAGUCUAGGAAAGCAGACAGAGCCGUGGGGGUAACCCCUUGGAUCUAUCAAAAUAAAUAGAGCAGAAAUCUUUCUUGCUGGCCUUUGUGUUGUUAUUAUUAGAACAAACACGCCUGAGUGAACUAAGCCAGACUACCUUCAAGCAUCCAUACACAGCUUAGCGACAGUAUUAAAGAAGAAGAAGAAGAAAGCUGAGAGCAGAGGCUAUGAAUGACGGAUGUUUAUGAUCAAGAGUGAAAAACUGGAAAAUCUGCUUGUCUUCAUGCUUGGGAAUUGCAUGUAAUCAUCAAUGUGGGCCAGGGUACAAGGCAUAGCCACUGUAUGUGGGCAGCUGUAAACCAGUCCAUGUGGUGCCUGUCUUCAUGUGACAAAGCUGUUCACAUACAUUGGCUAUGUGCCCUGUACCCAGUGCUAUUUUUCUAGGAAAAGAGGUGCUGGACCUCACCAUGAACUUCUUCCUUGUUCUCUUACAAUGGCAAUGGCACCCAUUUAAGAGGUGCCAGAACUGAGCUUUGAUGGGCUCCAGCUGAAAAAAGCACUACCUGUACGUAGAUAACUAUCAAUCAGUGACAGAAGCUGAUGCAUUUUAAGUGUAAGAAAGAAGGAUGAUAGUACAGUAUAAAAUAUUUAUAUGCCACAUUUCAUCCAAGGAAUUCAAGGUUAAAAUACAAAAGAUGCAGAUUCUUAAAAUCUCUUUAUUUAUUUAAUAAAAUUUCUAUACCACUUGAUUGGGGGGGGGGGAAAACCUCAAAGCAAUUUACAAAGAGAAUAAAUUAAAUUAUCAAUGAUUACACUCAAAAGAUAGAAUCAGCAAUAAACUAAAAACAGAUUAAUGCAUACAUCAACAUUCUACAUGUCUGGAUAGGCUUGUUUAAACAAGUGUUUUUAGGCGCACAAAAGGGUACAGAGAAGGCAGCAGCCUGGUGCCAAUAGGCAUUGAGUUCCAGAGGUGCUGCUACACUAAGGUAUUGUUUCUUACAUUGCUCCAGUUAAUAGAAUGGCAGGGUCACCUGCAUUAGCCACUGUUGACAGCAAGGGCACAUUGGCUACUUUAAACACCCAAUCCUGCAACUCCCAUUUGCAGAUUCCAGCAUGCAGGAUCUCUUUACAACUAGUUUCUCCUGGCAACUUCUUCCUCCCACCAACUUCAUUGCCUCCGUGCUCCUUCCCUUCCUUUGCCAGACUCUGCCAGUACCUGCAUCUUGUAAUCAGGAACCUGAAAGUGUUUGAUUAUGAAAUACAGAGUGAUGGUUUUAACUGUGGUCAAAGAUGGGGGAUUUGAAGGUACAAGAAAAGAGAAAAGCUACUUCAAAGUUGGUGCAUUAUAUAUUUCAAGGCAACAUAAGCUGUUGUUAUAGUGCUACAGCCUUUUCUGUAUUUAAAAUAUAUUAUUUUUUUAAGUGAAAUAGGGCCAUUUGCUGAAGGUGCUUAGUAGACUCAAGUUAUACCAGUGAAUGCCAGAGACUUCCAUGUCACAAAACUUAUUUUUGUCAUUUAGACCCGUGUGUCUUCAUAAAUGUCCUAUACCAAUAAUGUAUGUAAAUUUACUCAGAGAUUUACUGGUAAAUGUCAGAAAUGUGUGUUAGGAAACUUGCUUGGUUUGCAAAUCAGUGGUGAUUACUGUCUUCUUUUAUUAGUGUAUCAUGCGAAUGAGAAUGAAAUCUGAUCAUUGAUCAGCUAAUAUAAUAAUGGUCUUAUAUUUUCUGGUGGCUUUCUAAAAAUUUAAAGAUUAUUAGUAAAUGUCAGAAUUCAUUAUGCUUCUGACUGACCUAGAUAAAUAAAAAUAAGCCAAUAUAUCUGAGGGUAAAGCUAUUCUGUGUCUAAUUUUGUAUCCAUUUUAUUCAUGCUGUUCUCAAAAUGUUUCAGUGAGUUUAUUCACAUCCAUCUCCUCAUUCAUUUGUUUUUUCAUUCAUACAGGCAGUGGGUACUCUUCAAAAUGUUUCUAAAAUCUGGUGGAUUCAUGAACCCUGGCAUUUCUUAAACUUAUGGAUUUGAAUUACGACCAGAAAUCACCUUCCCUGUUUCAAAUUAAAAUUCCUUUUUUUUAAUAGUUGCAUUGAUUUCUGAGCAGAUUUGAUGCAUUUGAAAAGACUUGACUGCUCCAUUACGUGUGUGAGUUAAAUGUCCUUUUCUCUUUGGUUCUGCAGCUGUCUCAAACCUGGAUGCAGAGAGUAAACUGAGUGUCUACUAUCGCGCCCCUUGGCAUCAGCAAAGAAACAUUUUCCUUCCUUCCACCCGACCAGCUUGUGUAGCGGAGCUGCAUCGCCAUGCAAAGCAGAACCUGCGAGCCUUGAGGAAAGGUAAAUAAUUUCUGUGUAGUCAACGAAACAGCUUUGCAUUCCAGUAGCUCACGGAAGAUAUAAGGUGGUGUCCAACAAAGUCAUUGUCCAAGCAGAAUCACUUCUAUUUGUGCAACGCAACUUCCCCUCCCUUCUCCCCGCCCCCAUGCACUUCCCACAUACACCCCAAAAUCUGCUCCAGAGGGGUGGAGGAAACCCCAGAGCAGGUUUUGGAAUGACAGCUCUGUUAGGCAAGUAUAAGCAAUUCCACUCCAACAAUUACUUCACUAGACUCCAUCCUAUCUCCAGGAACAGCAUGUACUUUAAGCUCUUACCUUAACUGACUCUUCUUCCCUUUGAUUAACUCUCUUUUGCUUGCUGAGUCAUAAUUCUGACAGAAGUCAAAAGUACACAUGACUGCGUUUGUCUCUGGAAUUCUUUAUUUUAUUUUUUACAAAAUGCUGUGGAAGCUGUAAAUUGAAGUGAGACACCAGCUAGCACAUUUGCAAAAAUAAGCAGGGUCUGGUCUGGUUUUAAAUUGGAUGGGGGAACCACAUGUUGAGAUUCCUGCCUUGCUUGGGGUCCCUUGCAGCUCUACAAUUCUAUUAUUCCAUGUAUGUUGGGGGAGGGGUGUAACCCUUUUGUCUCCUGCUGUUUUCCCACAAAAAUUCACCCUCCAGGUGCUUUUUGCCUCACAGGGGACAAGCCCUGUCUUGCACCAGAAAAUGCUGAGCAUGAUCUUGCUAGCAGUGAAGUACCUGAAGAAGCAACUGUGUAGAUCAAUGUUUUACUAUAAAGGCAUGGAAAAAUUUAAACACACACACACAAAAGUGUCUUGAGGUUUGUUAGAUAAAUCAAGCACCUAUUAGUCUUCCAUCAGCUUUGAUCUGUGUAAUACUUUUAAGGCGUUUUCCCUAAGAAAACUGGAAACAGGUUGUAAGGGUCUAAUCUGAUUUCACAAGUAUUUUAUCGUUCCCACACAGAUCAUGUAGCUAUGUUAACUAAUGGUAUUUUUAAUCAUAGUUGAACACACGUCAGAGAAUCACCUAACCUCCAAACUGCAGCCUAGUCUUAUUCUGGUAUUCCAUUUUUCUGUUAUGAAAAUGGAAAUGUCAUAGUGGCAGAAAGGAUGUGAGGGGAGAGUCUUUGUGCUGACCACCACCUUCGCAAGAAUCCUUCAGAAGGGAAUUGCUGCCAGGAGCAUUAUCUGCAGAUGUAGUUUGAUGCAUUGAAUAGAAUGAAAGUUUAUGAGUCAUGGUGGUGGGGAGAGCAGGUUUACAAUUCAACAGGGGGUUGCUUGUUUGUUUGUUUGUUUGUUUGUUUGUUUGUUUGUUUUGUUGCUAUGUUUGUUUUGUUGCGAUUUUGUUUCUGUUAAUAUUGUUUUAUAGAUAUGGCUGCUGUGGUACUUUGUGAAUCCUAUAAUAUGAUUUUUGGUGUAACUGUGAUGUUUAGCGUAUUUUUUUAGUUGUUUUGUUAAAUAGUGUUGCAUAGAUGGUAAUUGUUUAAUUUGUGGUUGUUUUACUGGUGAUUUGUUAAGUAUUCUAUACAAUUUAUGCUGUAUUCAUAAUGUUCCAUUAUGUUAUUUUUAUCUUUUGUUUGUAAGCUGCUUUGGUAUUUAUUUGAAUAAAAAGCAGCAUAGAAAUAUAAAAAAUAAAAUAAAGGGAAAAUGCAAUCAUAGUAGUGUUAAAAUUAGAAUACACACAUUUGUGUGUCUACAUCACAACUGCUUUGGCUAAAUUUAAUCUUCUUCUGCCACCUUGUGGCCAAGAGACAACAAGUUGAGGAAAGAGUGAAACAGCAGAAUGAUCAUAAUGGGUGAACAGGCCUAUUAAAAUCAAAGGACUUACUAUAUAGGUCUGAAUAUAGGUUGCACUUUCCACACCCAAAUCUGACUUGUAUAAAACUUUUAUGUAGCCUAUCAUUGUGAUUUAAGCCGUGAUUUAAGAUAUCUCAUUUUAGGGGUGUGGCCUGUAUUCAGGGGUAGCUAAUAUUUGAACCAAUAUGAUAAGUAACUUGAUUUAUUUCAUUCAGUCUACUCUGGGUAUAUCUUAGUUGAGUAACACUCAAGAGAGACUAAGUAGUUAAUUUGUUCUUGACAACUUCCUGCUUAAAUUAUUUGAUAUCCACUAAACUACCACAUCCAUCAUUUGGAGCCAUUUGCCUUAACUCACCUGCACUUUGUUCUUAACAAGUGACUUGGUGGUUGCAGAAUUUAUAUUCAAAAACUAAGAAAAUUUGUCUUCAUCUGCUGUGUAUGUGUUUUAAAUGUUCUACCAGGGGUGCAAAUUAGUUCUUUCUUGGAGUCCAGUACAAGGAGGAGGAGGAGAUAUGCAGGAGAAGCGUAAUAUCACUUCAGUUUGCCAUCUUUCAAAAAACUGCUAAUACUUUUUUUCAUUGUAUGUUGAGAGCUGGUAUAGUGUAGCAGCUUAGAGGCUGAGCUUGAAAUCAGGCUUCUCAGUUCCUGCUGGGUGUUCACUCUACCACCUUAUGGCAAGGUCUCUCUGUCUGGCCCUGGGCUUUGAAAGUUGUAUCUGCUCCCCAGCCAUACCUCUCACUAGCCCUGCUUUUCACCUUUCCUUGAGUGAUUUCUCCUAGAAUACAGGUGAUUCCCCCCUUACGUGGGGUUACAUUCCAGGGUCCCUCACCCAUAAGUGAAAUCACAUUAAGUGGGGAGCACCCUCUAAUAAUCUUUUAAAUGCCCUCUCUGCUGCUGUCUUUUCAGUCCAUACAAAAAAUGAUGUAUCCAAAAAUCUCCACAACUAGGGGCUGGUAGGAGGCUAGAGGUGGUGCAGGAAAGUAGCUGCUACUGCUGCGCUACCCGCACAUCACCUGUUAGGUGGGGAGGCUCAGCAGCAUAAACAAAGCCCUGCUGUGCCUCCAGUCUCUUUGAGGCUUCCUCCACCCACACUGAUGUCCUCUUUGGGCUCUGAAGAGGAUCUCCGCACGAGCCAUGAGGACUCUGCUGCUCUCUCCUGCCAUUUCCAGGUAUGAAAUAAAUUAUUUAUUUAUUUCCCAGCACCACACAUAUACACUGUCGGAUGUAAGUCAAAGGAGUAUAAAUGGGGGUGUCACCAGUUAUCAUUGCUAUUGUUUGCUAAAGAGACUGAACUUUGAGACUGCCUCUUCCUUGCCUAAAUGUAGGAUAGAGAGGGGUGUGUUAGGAUGUGUACAAAUAUAUGCAUGUUGCAGUGCCCAUUUUUGCCAAAUAAGGACUUCUCUUAUUAGUGCUUUUAAGGAUGGGGAUCCUCAUCACGUGAGAACUGGUCCAGUAACAAAGCUUGCUUCCUCCUAUGAAUAUCCUCGAGAUCAUAGUAAUGUACACACUUCCCAUGAACUGCAUCUUGACCAAAGUUUAGGCUUUUCAUGGCAGAUUAUUUUAAAAUACACAUCAGUCUGAACAAUUUUCUUAUUUCCUGUUUUUGCUAAACAGAGCAACGAAACUGGAGUGAUAACAGGGAACAAAAAGUCCUGGGCCAAAUCUCUGUGGUGGCUCCCCCAUUUCCCUCCCUCCCUGUGACCUACAACCAGAAGAACAAAGAGACAAAGAACCACCCCUUGCUAAAAGUAAGUUAUUCCUCUUCCCCAAUACUAUUGGUUAUUGUGGCAAGGGUUGCCAGCUUCUAAUCCACACAGAACAUCUUUGCCUUUAAUCAUCAUGUGGCUGAGAGAGAUUUGCCAGACAGUGGCAGGAGAAACAGCAUCUGCUAAACCUCUUAUCAUACUGCUACUGAAGGCACAGAGAUAUCCCUUAAAAGUCAAGACUAAUUAUCAGGUGGUUACAAUAACUAAUCAUGUUUAUUAUCAUCUAAUUUUCCCAGUCCCCUCAUUAUGUUUCUUUCACCAUCCCAGGCAUUUUUAAAAUGUUUACAGUAUUCUUUGCCUUGGUCUUAGUGUAAGCUGUAAAAUUAAAAACAGGCCUAUGUUCAGCCGAUAUGCAGUCACUCCACUGGGAGAGCAAUGCUUAGCAUUCAUAUUACUCAUGUUUAAAGGUACAGCUCUAAGAGUUCAGAAGUGAGGAGCCAUAUUAGCCCAUUAAAAUGGAGGGCAUGGUGCUGAGCUCUCCCCCCCCCACACACCUCUCAUCUUCCGUUGUUCAUCAUUGUGGCACCCUCUUGACUUGGUGCCCAUUGUGGGCGAACCAGUCACACUCCCCUAAAUCCACCUAUGGGGGCAAGUCAUAUCCUGCCUCUUACUUUAUUGCACAUUUUCAAAGUGUGCCGUUUCAUUUACAGUGUGAACUAAUUCUGCAUGAGCAGAUCCCAGUACAUAACAUUGUACAUACAGUGGUGCCUCGCAAGACGAAAUUAAUCCGUUCCGCGAGUGUCUUCGUCUAGCGGUUUUUUCGUCUUGCGAAGCAACCCGAUUAGCGGAUUAGCGCUAUUAGCAGUUUAGCGGCUAUUAAAGGCUUAUCGGCUUAGCGGAUUAGCUGCUAAAAGGCUAUUAGCGGCUUAGAAAAAGGGGGGGGAGCGAAAAAAAAUCUCAAGACUCGCAAGACAUUUUCGUCUUGCGAAGCAAGCCCAUAGGGAAAUUCGUCCUGCGAAGCAACUCAAAAACGGAAAACCCUUUCGUCUAGCGGGUUUUCCGUCUUGCGAGGCAUUCGUCUUGCGGGGCACCACUGUAACAUUGCAUCUAUACAUGCACAUGUGCGCACAAACACACAGACAGACACUAACAAACUAUGCCAAAGUACACAGAUGAUCUUCUGGGCUAAAUGCUGAAAAUGUGCUGUUCUGUUACUUUAAUUGAAAAGUCAAUAUACAGUCGUACCUUGGUUGUCGAACGGAAUCUGUUCUGGAAGUCCGUUCGACUUCCAAAAACAUUUGACAACCAAGGCACAGCUUCCGAUUGGCUGCAGGAGUUUCCUGCACUCAAUUGGAAGCUGCGGAAGCUGUGGCAGAUGUUCGGCUUCCCAAGAACAUUUGCAAACUGGAACACUCACUUCUGGGUUUGCGGAGUUCGGGAGCCAAAACAUUUGAGUCACAAGGUGUUGGGGAUCCAAGGUACGACUGUACUCCUUUUUCACACAUAGGCCAUGUUGAUAUAUCAUGUGUUCUUUUCUUCUGGAAGUUGCCCAGAGUGGCUAGGGCAACCUAGUCAGGUGGGCAGGGUACAGGUAAUAAAUUACAUUAUUAUUAUUAUUAUUAUUAUUAUUAUUAUUCUGCUUGCAUGCAACUGUAAGCCAAGGAUGUACACGAGCAGCAUUCAAUGCAUUUGUAGUUGUUGAACAAGCCGCAAUUCAGCACAUAGCCACAGUUUCCUGUUACAGGGCUGAUGGCUUCAAAACAAGUCAGGGUAUGAAGUCAUGUUUUAAAGUUGCCCUUAUGCCCUGGCUUAAUUGGUAGUCCAUGGUUACAUGCUGAAUGCUGGAUUGUUCAUCUGGUCACAGAAAGGGAAAGGGGAAAUGGCUGCAAAGGAGCUCUGUAUACACAGGAAACUAGCAACCCAUGGUUUCCACAAGCUUUGCAAACCAAAUUUGGGGACCAAAAUUCGAAACAAUGGUUUCUAGCCAUGGUCUGCAGGGCUUGCACAAGCUUCAGUUUGCCAUAUCAGAUGGUUUAUUAAACUGAAGCUUAACUGAAUAGAAAUGUUCUGUUCAAUAGAGCAUCCAAUGGCACAUGGACUAAAAAAUAUGUUUCUUGAUAGAAACUAAUAAUGAAUGAAAAUACUCCCAUAAACACUGAUCAGGAGGCAUAUUAUUUUUAGAUUUUUUUGGUGACAACGGGUUCCUGAACAAGUCCAGAUUGUCAAAUAAAUUACCGUAUUUUUCGCUCUAUAACACGCACCCGACCAUAACACGCACGUAGUUUUUAGAGGAGGAAAAUCCGUAGGCAUGCCACCCGUAGGCAUUCCCUCCAUAACACGCACAGACAUUUCCCCUUACUUUUUAGGAGGAAAAAAGUGAGUGUUACGGUGCAAAAAAUACGGUACUUAAAUAUACAUCAGAUUAUCCAGAGGCUCCUUGAUCAGGCUGUAGAUACAUUUGGUGUGACUGGCAAUGUCAGUACAUUAGUAAAUACUCUGGAAAAAUGGCUCUGGGAGUUCAAAUACUCAUUAUUUGUAGGGACACUAUCAACCAGACUCAAAAUCCCAUCAGUCCAUCAAAUGCUAAAUGUGAGUCUCAGAAUUGAUGGAAAUAGAAACCAAUUUCCCCAGCAGAUUAUUUAGAUUUCCCCCCUUUCUUAUGUUAUCAUAUUGUUAUCAUCUGAGUAGGCAGGUAGUUCAAAAAUUGAAAGCUAGCCUACAUCCUGUAAACAGGAGAAGCCUACUGGAGAAGUGUUUUGUUAGGCAAAACAUAAUGUAUCCCAUCCUGUAGAUCUGGAUCUACCUAGACUUUGUUGUCAUAAACCUUUCUGACAGCCUCUUGAGCUGAAAGCAAUCCAUAUUCAGAAACCUGUUUUCCAUAGCGGUAAGUGAACUCCCCUCAGACUACAGCUCAGGUAUGUCCCCCAGCUUGCCCAAAUUAGAAACUUAAUUUGAUUAAUAAUAAGAAUAAGAAUAAUAAUUUCACCCUGCCCAUCUGGCUGGGUUUCCCUAGCCACUCUGGGCGGCUUAUAGCAUAUAUAAAACAUAGUAAAACAUCAAACGUUAAAAACUUCCCAGUUGCCUUCAGAUGUCUUCUAAAAGUUAUGUAGUUCUUUAUCUCCUUGAUAUCUGAAGGAAGGGCAUUCCACAGGGAGGGUGCCACUACCAAGAAGGCCUUCUGCCUGGUUCCCUGUAACUUCAUUUCGUGCAGUGAGGGAAUCACCAGAAGACCCUCAGAGGAGGACCUCAGUGUCCGUGCUGAACAAUGGGGUGUAUAUUGGGCCAAGGCUGUUUAGGGCUUUAAAGGUCAACACCAACACUUUGAAUUGUGCUCAGAAAUGUUUAAUUCCACAUUCAGUUGUGAAAGUUGAACCCUGCCAUACAUACUCUUGGCAUCAUUAGGAGUCAAACUCCCUCCUCAGUUGCCUAUGGGCCUUCACAAUCCUCCACAAACUCCUUUCUCCCAUGCAGCUGCCCCUUCCCAUCCCAGUUGCCUGACUGGUAGCGACUAUGAGGUCUCACUGCUAGGCACCUAGGACACCUGCUAAUCAUAAUUACAGUAUCUCAGGUGCAAGUGUUCUGGAAUAAUUCAUGUCCCGGGUGUCUGACAUCCAUACUAAGGAAAGUAUCCUGGGAGUGCCACACUCCUAGGUGCCGGCAAUGCUGCCGUUCAUGGUAUCAGGAACGGUACAGCACCUCAGCUUAAGAUCUGAGCUAGAGAAGCACUUCACUUUGUGUUAAUCUGGGUACAUUUUAUGACGUGGCAUUAAAAUUUGUAUUCUAAGCCAGGUGAGUAGCAGCUUUGGUGGCAUCACUAGUUUUCUGAGACUCCCCAGCUAGCCCUAAAGUUAUGCAUUUAAAGCUUUUUACAUUUCUACUACCAAAAGUGUACUAAUUUCUUUUGCCGUUUUUGAAAUGUUUCUGUUUCAACAGAAUAAAAUCCAACCUGAAUAAAAUCCAUAAAUAAACAACACAACCAUCAUAGAAGAUGAUGGGGGGAAACAAAAAAAUCUUAAGACUCCCCACACAUAUUUCAAAGGUUUGAGAAGUACUUUUGAGAGGGGGGAAAUCUUUAAAAUUCUAUGUUGGUGUGUCAUAAAACCACAAGAAACACCAAAGGGCCUUUUAGCCAAUGGGUAGAGCCUCAUAUGUUGCUUUAAGGGCUGCAUUGUUAGCUAUCAAAAGGCUGGUGUGGCAAAAAUAAUAAUAAUCUGCACAUGUGAUUAAUGCCACUUAACUUCCCUCCCUAACCAACCACCAUGUGUAGAAGUUAAGCAGAUGGAAAACCAGGGAGCAAAUUCUGAUUGACAACACGUUAUGAGUAAAAUUUUGCAGAAUGACUACAGCUUGCAGUGAUGAUACAUUUUAAAUUCAAUACUGUCCGGCCUUGAUAAAGAGUUUGGCCCACACCACAGAAACAUUCUCAGCUAUGUGUUUUUAAUUUUUUUAACCACUUUCCCUCCACAUUUCAUGUUUAUAGUUUUACAGCACCCGCUCGCCCUCCCCCACCGAGUGUUGCCACAUGACCCCAUGGAGUCGAAAGGUAUCAGAAAAAAGACUAACAUAACAGCCUCUCACUCAUUCUGUCCCUUUCCAUCCCUAAUCCUUUCUCUCGCUUGCUUUUUUUGGCUGACUAACUUUGUUGUCUUUAUGUUAUGCUCUUAUCAACAAGGAACACCAACUUUUCUCCCCACCCCCACCUCUUGGUGUAAGUUUAAUAGGUUUUACCAGCUCACAAGAGGGUUUCCCUUCACUAAUUAGUUUUAAAGGGCCCAACCAAAUUGUCUCUGAUGGGUUUUUUGUAGGGUGCUGAAAAGAAUUAGACAGAGAUUUUGGAUAACCACAAGAUGACAUCCAAACCAUAGCAGAGCAAAGCAUGAAUUUGUUCUAUAGACUGUUAUCAUUGCUAUUGUUUGCUAAAGAGUAGCACUGGCAGACAGUCAGGGAGUCUGUGGUCAGGUCACUUCACUUUCUUUGUCCAGAAAGCUAUUGUUAUGCAGGGGAAGGAAUCAGCAACAAAGUACAGGCUAUGUGGGUCUCUCCCCCCACCCAACCGGCUUUUUUUUUUUUUUUUGCACGCAUCAACUUUUUUCAGAGGUUACCUAGGAAACAAAGUCUUUUGUGCUAGUAGUUUAUAUGAGCUAUUCAUGUCUGCUGGGAACAGCACAAAAGCAGAACCGAUAAAGAAAGCUGCAAUGUUUUCCUAACCCAGGGAUGGACAAAAAUAUUUUGGGGGAAGACUGGUUCCUUUUGUUAUUAUUUUUUUGUGGGUUAUUUUGCAGAUGAUUCAACAAGGUAAGCAAGUGACUUGCUUGUAUUUUAUAUAAAUAGAUGUGAAGUGUGGUCUUCAGUGUACAUGUAGGAAGUUAGGGAUGCCUGCAAGCCUAUUCAGGGCCUUCAGCCUUGUUAAGAUAUUUAUUUAUGAAGAGAACUAUAGUUAUUUGAAGGUGAUUAUCCGUUAGAAAAUAGUACAAUAUUAAGCGCGCUAGAUAAAAGCAAAUUUUGGCCCUUUAACUCACAGCUAAAAGAAUUACAAGUUUUUCAGAGUAAAUGAGAGCCAAGGACAGAAAAUCCAUGUUAGCAAAGUAGGAAAUGGAAACAAAUGGAAACAAGAGGUGAAAAUGUUUAGAACAGAAAAUGCUUAGAAGUAAAUACCUCCAGGGCUGUGUACAAAUAACAGUAACCAGUUAAAUGGAAGAGUGAGAACUUUAUAAAGCUCUGAAGGUAGUAUUUCUGCCCUGUUGCUGAAGUAAUUGCUGUUUUCUCAAUAAGCAUAGAUUUCAACAAACUGCUUCUGAUCUUUUACUCUCACUUGGUAAAACUACAAAGCAUGCCAGUCCUGCUCUCUUUUCAAAAAGUUAUUCUUGGAGUUGGUUAACUAAUCUCUCUUUGUGCCUAUUUAUCUUUUGUGCCUUGUAGCUUGGGUAGCACAUUCUGAAUUACUUUGCAUGAUCUUCUGAAUGUUAUUCUUAAGACUUGAAGGUGGUGGCUCAACCUUUGCUUUUUCAUUUUUUUUAGUAUACAGUUGCUAUUGUGUGAUAUAAAACAUAUGUCCUGAUCCUACCCAUGUUUCCUUAGAAGUCAAUUUCAUUAAUAUUCGUGAGACUUACUUUGAAGUCAAGGAUAGGAUCAGGCUCUUAAACUGCAAUUCUAAACCCAUCUGACUGGGAAUAAGUUCCACUGAAUUUCUGUACAAACAAUAUUUUGGAUAAUGCUGAAUUCCAUUAAAACCAGUGUAACUUGCCUUCAAGUAAUUUUAUUCAAGAUUAGCCAGGGUUGUUGUGUCAGUUAUACACUGAUAGACAGAAAGUCUGCAUGGAACUGAUUUGAUAUGUUUAUUCAAGUAUAUGUUUAUCAAACUAAAUACAAUAAUGGGACUUAAAACUUACUAAAAAGUUGCUAAAAUGGCAUGUACAUAUGGAUCAUAUGUAGCAGGAUACAUCUUUGCAGAAGCUAAGCAUUGACUGGAAGCUGUUUCCAUGUUCUGAAAAUCCAUUUUAAACUACAGCUCCUAAAUGUUUCCAGUAUGUGAGGUAGUUUGACUUCCUGUGUUGAAAUUGCAACGCGCUCUUCAUUACUGCUUUUCUGAAACCUACUUCCAAAUCUAUUUUUUCUGGUAUUUUUAAAAAGUAACUUUAUCUCGUAAAAAGAGUAGAUACUGAUUUUGAUUGUAUUCAUUUACAGUCCCACCCUCCGGAGGAAGAAGAUACAGAUGUCAUGUUAGGGCAGAGGCCGAAAAAUCCAAUACAUAAUAUCCCUUCUACACUGGAUAAGCAAACCAAUUGGAGCAAAGCACUACCUCUCCCAACUCCAGAGGAGAAAAUGAAACAAGAUGCCCAAGUGAUUUCCUCUUGCAUUAUCCCCAUCAAUGUCACUGGUACAGAUCUCUUGUACUUCUUUUUUUGUUGACAAAAAGGUGGUUCAAGUCAUUAAUUUUAUUACGGUGAGCAUAUCUCUAAACACAGGAGUUUAUGAUCAGCAAAUGUAAGGUUUCCAAGGCAAGAAUGUAACAAAGCUUUAUAGCUUCAACCGUCAAAUCCUAUGCAUGUCUACUCAAAAGUCAGUUCUACUUUGUUUAAUGGGGCUUUCUUCCAGGUACAUGUGCAUAGGAUUGCAGCCCAAACAAGCUAUAUUGGUAAUCUCAUGAGUAUCCAUCAACACUGGUGCUGUUAUAUCUGAAGUAAGAUGCCAUGGUUGCCUACAGAAGAACUGUCUCUGAAAGCCCUGAGAUAUUUUUUUUGUCUUACAUCCCUGUUAUGAGAUGAGCCUUGGGCUAACAUGCUUCCUCUCCCCUUUCUUUCAUAUGCAAGAAAAUUGAAAACUUCUGCUUUCAUUUGAGAAACAACCUUGGUUCUCCAUUAUAUCCAACCUCCAAGAAUGGCAGUUAGUUUACAAACCAGGAAGGAUGGUUUUGGCUAACCAUAGUUGGUUUUAACUAACCGUAGUUAAAAUAAACCAUUGUCCUCUAAGUUUUGCUAUAUCAGGGAACUGUGGUUAGUUCUAAAGCAGAAGUUUCUGAUUUCUUUCCAAAUAAGGAAGAGGAGGGAGGAGCAGCUAAGAAGUCUGAGACUCAUACUGGUUUUUUCUCAAAAUGGCAAAACCAUGGUUUACUAAGCACUAUGUCUGAACUCGCCAGUUCUCUUGUUGGUUCAUUAUCUCAUUCCAUGGUGAGAGCAUUACACUAAAUAGAAAUAUCCAUGCAGUCUUCACCUAAAAAGCUUGUCUAUCAAAAGCAGAAGUGCUUAGGAGAGUUAAUUAUAUUACCCUUCCAAGUAAUAUAUGCACAUUUAUCCUUGCUAAUAAGGCAAGUUGAAUAACCAGAACAAAAUAUACUUGUGCUCUAUUGUGAUAAAAUUUAUUACACUGGGCUUGUGGAAUUAUCAGGGGGCAUGGUAUCCAUUUAUCUGAAUUUGUGUUUUGAAAUUUCUGUAAGAAAGGGGGGGGGAUCAAAUAUGUGUGUGUGGACGUUCUGCCCAAACUACAGUCAGCUGUCACACACCUAACAUCAUAUGUGAUGUAAAGUGUGAGACAAGUAACGGCGUAGCUGCACAGAAAUAAUUGGGAGCCUUAAAGUGCACUCCUGAUUUUAUCCUGUCCCAAACAAUGCUUGCUAUCAGCACCAAUCAGGUGAUCGGUACCGACAGCAUGCCUCAUUGACAGCAAACCCUACAGGGAAAUGGUUCCUUUGCCCAUACGGUUGUAUUUCAAAUUGCACAUGCAAAGGAUGCAUAAAAGGAAAGGAUCCCAUUGCCACAGCAGUUUGAAAUCAAACCGUGCUGGCAAAGGAAGUGGGGUUUGCAGACCAGUGGUUGCUGCAAAUCCCAUUUCCUUUGCCUGCAUAGUUUGAAAUCAAACCACGCAGGCAAGGGAAAACACUUCAUCUGAUGUCAUGGUGAUAACAGAUGGUGGAUGUGAAUAUUCUUAGCUGCCAUUCUCUUGGAGCAUUCUUUGUGGAUUCUUUUUUAAAUUGCACAUAUCAUCAAGCAGAAAUGUGGUUAAACUCAUGCUGCAAAUUUAUACACUGCUUCAAGGAUGAGCAAUUUUUGCUCCCUGCCCCAGCCAAGCCCCCCGCCCCCGCCACAAAUUAUUUGGAUACUAGGCUCAUUUAAGACACUCAUUUUUUUCUGCCAUGUGGAAUGGACAAAAAUAAAGGAACAUAUAAGGAUAAAGCAGCUCAGGACCAAACCAGACAUUACAAAAGGGAGCGGAACAGAAGAGUACAGUCGUACCUUGGAAGUUGAAUGGAAUCCGUUCCAGAAGUCCAUUCCACUUCCAAAACAUUCGGAAACCAAAGCACAGCUUCUGAUUGGCUGCAGGAAGCCCCGUUGGACGAUUCCAAAAAUAGUUCGCAAACCGGAACAGUCACUUCCGGGUUUGCGGGGUUCGGAAACCAAAACGGUCGACUUGCAAGGUGUUCGGGAUCCAAGGUACGACUGUACUCUGUAUUUUAUUUCUUACUAGAUGGGGAAGUAGUUUUGAGGGGCUGAUUCUGAAUGGAGAAAUGGUUUGCAAAAAGGAAUUACACACAAACCACUACCAUGCCAUCUCACUUUUGGAUUUUGGUCUUGCCUAGUUGAAUUUUUGACACUUCUCUGAAUAGCUGAUCCCAGCAUCAUAUAACAAACUGCUCUUGAAAUUUAGCUAACAUUGCCCCCUGCCCCUCCAUCAUUUCAAAUCAGCUUGUCACAUGGCAUAGUGAGUAGGUUAUUAUUUGAGAUUAAUAAGUCUAAAACCACCUUGAGUUCACAAAGAUAGUUUUGCUGCUACAGUGGUGCCCCGCAAGAUGAAUGCCUCGCAAGACGGAAAACCCGCUAGACGAAAGGGUUUUCCGUUUUUGAGUUGCUUCGCAGGACGAAUUUCCCUAUGGGCUUGCUUCGCAAGACGAAAAUGUCUUGCGAGUCUUGAGAUUUUUUUUUCCGCUUUCCCCCCCUUUUUCUAAGCCGCUAAUAGCCUUUUAGCAGCUAAGCCGCUAAGCCUUUAAUAGCCGCUAAACCGCUAAUAGCGCUAUGCCGCUAAUAGGGUUGCUUCGCAAGACGAAGAAACCGCUAGACGAAGAGACUCGCGGAACGGAUUAAUUUCGUCUUGCGAGGCACCACUGUAUUUGGAUGCUGGCCAAUGUGUUUAGGAUUAGGGCACAAAUUUCACUUUUGAAAGCUCCAAGAAAUGCUGUGGCUUUUUUCUGUGAUAAAAAUAGGUUCACAAUGACACCACUUUAAAAACUUGUAAUAAAAUCUGUUUCUAGUGUCCAAGCUAUUAGAGAUUAUUCUGUUCAGUUGUUGUAGAUAUCACUAAAAGUUUCCAAAUAACAGAAUUGCCGGAACAUCUUGAAAAGUUCAGAACCAUUAUUUUUCUUCUCCCCCCUCCCAAUGCAUUAACACUUGUUCUAAAAUAAUGAAAGGCAGUAGGGUGUCGUAGUGCUUUUGUUCAAUAUUAAAGAUUUCUGUUCACUUAUUGCAGUGGUGUUGGUGAUGGUUGGAAUAUAGGAUUUUUGUCUGGGGUCUCCUGUAGUAGAUUUCAAGAAGAACUUUUACAAGAAAGUUACUUUUUGGUGUUUUACAUUUGUAUGUAAUGUACUCUGUAUGUGUAUGUCUGUGUAUAAUUAUGGUUGAUAUAAUUAUACAGCAUUGAAAGUACAGGUUUUCGAAUCAAGAUUUUUGGUUUUUAUUCCCUUCCUCUCUACUUUUAGUUCAUAUUGUUGCCUUUCAAAUUAUACCAUGAGAACCUUCAUGUAUAGCUACUGCCCCGACAUAUUUGUUCUGAAGGGAUCCUUGCCAAGUUAUAACUCUUUGAUGAAAGGAAAUCUACUGUAACAUCGGAUGGUUUAUUAUUACUAAAUGGAAACACAGUGUUUAAUUUGUAAAUGCAUUUUUAGCCAGAUGAAUAGCUGGCAGGGUUUUCAGAUUUGUUUCUAAAAUUUAGUCUCCAAUAACAAGUGAAAAACAAAUUAUUUAGACUCAUAACACAUUUUUGUAAAAAUAAUUUGAAUCUACUCCAGUAAUGCCUUUUUUCGGUUUUUUGCAUGUUAUCUGUGUCCAGUUAAGAAGCAGGUAACAGGAAAGCACCCUGCCAGUCAGAGCGGAUAGUACUGAGUUGGAGGGACAAAUAGUCUGACUUACCUAGCUUCUACGUGGAGGACACUGUUCUUAUUUGUUGAUAAUCUCUUCCCAGAUUAAUUAGGGAAAUACUAUGUACCAUGGAUAUACUAGAUAUCAUUUGCAUUAGAAGUGAUGAUGAAGAAAGCUUGUAAUAAGAAGAAGACUGCUCUUUUUUAGAAUCUUACUUUUAGUUCACACUUUGCAAAUGCCCUUUGCAACGACAAUGUCUUGCAUCUGGAAACAUUCACCCUGUUCUUCAUGUGUUGACAACGUAAGGGUGUUGGGAGAAAGGGACAUGUAGGAAUCUAUACAGCGAACAGGAAGUCAGACAGGACAACCUUACAAGGUAAAAACAGAUAUGUGAUGUAAUGACACGUAAGUGAUGUGGCUGCUCUGUAAUGACAGUAUCAGCAUUAGUUUAGGAAUUCAGCUCAAUUAAACACUGGUGGUAAUUACUCAUUACCAAUCUAAUUUAGAAUUACUGAACCAUGAAAUCAGUGUGAACAUUUAGAUAUGUCUCAGCAUCAACAAUGUUCUCUAAGGACUGAUAUAGGGAAAACUUAGUUGCAUCCUCCUCUUGAGCCAUCAUUAUUCUGAAACAUGCGGUAUAAGAAGAUAGGCUGGACUCAGGUUUUUGCAACUGCCCCUUGGCUUCCCCACAAUUUCAUUGCAAUGUAAGCAUUAAAAUAAAAAAAGUACAGCUGCCCAAUUUCUGAUCAUCAUCUUGAAUGCUACUGUUCAUUUCAUAGAUGUCAAUGCCUGUAUAUCCAUAAUAAAUGGACAAACCAUUACAGUAAAUGUUCCUUGCUAAUGAGAGUGCCUAACUUUCCCUGCAUCCCUUUCAUUCCCCUCUCCUACCUUUUGUAACUUUUGGCAACGCAGGCUGCUCAGAGGGAACAGGGAUCAUAGAAGCAACGCUGUGGUACACGGUGAUUUUUUUCCAUGAGAGUUGUACAAGGUCUGCCUUAUAUUUAUUUGCAGGCACAAUCCAAAGUGCUCACAUGACCUCCACUGUCUUCCAGUCAUAAAAAUUUGUUUACUAUUUCCAAAAGCUAAUGAGACCUAUUUAUGGGUUGCAGGAGUUGGUUUUGACAGAGAGGCUAGUAUACGCUGCUCUCUUGUUCACUCACAAUCCGUACUACAGCGGAGACGGAAAUUGAGAAGGAGGAAAACCAUCUCUGGCAUCCCCAGAAGAGUCCAACAAGAAAUAGGUGUAGUAUCAAUAAAACUCUUCGCUAGAUAGCAUUCUUAACUGCCUUAAUUGCAGCAAUAGCCUGCCUUCCAAACUGCUAUCCAAGGAACACUUCAACUUCAAUGAUGGUGGAGUUUCAAAUCUAAUGCGUUUGGGUAUUGCUAUUUUUUGUUUUGUCUUUUUUAUUAUUAUUAAAUACUGCCAGCCAAACUAUAUUACUUAUUACAGCCUUCAGUCUUGAUGCACAGUAGGCCUUACUGAGUAAUAUAGAUAUACGUGUCCAGCCCUUAUUGUUUAAGUGUAAUGAGUUACUUAAUUUUUGUUGUAUUCUUUUAUUUUUGUUUGUUUCGAUACCCAUAGUGUGUACAUAAAAAGUAACUAGAUUCAGUGAAAGUUUAUUCUUGUAGCCAAGGGACCCAUAAGGUAAAGCAGUGACAAAUGAUAUGAUGCAACGUGAUGGUGAAGUGUCACUGAUUUUAUACAGAAGACCAGUUGAAUAUUUGUGCCAGAUAGCUCUCAAUGUUUGAAAACUUUCCCAAAUAUUUUUCCUCUUUUCACGUUUGUCUCGACCUUUUUUUAAAAAAUUGUAAUGAUAACAUACAUGAGAUGUGCUGACUUGGCUCUUUUCUAUACAAAUGUUAAGUCAGUGGUAAUCAGGGUCAAGUCCACUAGACCUAAGAAUCACAGACUUUUUCUACUGGCUGCAUACACACCAUACAUUUAAAGCACAUGAAUUUCCCCAAAGAAUCCCAGGAACUGUAGUUUGUUAGGCAUUGUAGUUCCUUUCUUUGGAGGGAUCUGUGAGUUUUAAAUGUCCUUUAAAUGUAUGGUAUGUACACAGCUCACAUCUGUUGUACAAUGACAGACAAUGAACUGAAGAUUCAAGCUAUCAUAAUAUAAUAAAUACUCAGAAUUUAGAUAAGGGUGGUUUGCUUAUUGCCUUGCAUUUUGUACUUCUCAAAGGAAAAGCCACCAAGGAGGGGGAUGACUUGGAGCGAUGAGUUUGGCACUCACUCCUGAUGCAAAUUGCUUGUUCUAACAGACCCCCCCCCCCGAAGCAGCUUUCCCUGUUGAACAAGGGAUAUAAUGUUCAAGCACAUCUGCUUGAACCAUCUCAUUUGGCCCAUAGCAAAUCCUUUUUCUUCAUGUUAGUUACUGUUGUUGAAAGGCUUGGGCAGGGAGGAGAAAAACCCUAUGUGAUGCAUUUUUAAGGCCAAUGUAAGGGACAUAGCUUGUCAGCCAACUGAAAUGGUGCCUCACAGAGUUUUGUGUGUGUCCUAGAUUCUGACGAAUCACCCGUAGCAAGAGAGCGGAAUGUGAUUGUGCAUGCAAAUCCAGACUUCUCUAAUAACGUCAACAGGAGGUCAGGUACCAGAGACUCUGAGUGCCAGACAGAAGAAAUCCUUAUUGCUGCCCCAUCCCGGAGAAGAAUUCGAGCUCAGAGGGGUCAGAGCGUAGUAGCCUCCCUGUCUCACUCAGCUGGCAACAUACUGGUGCUGACAGACAAUGGUGACCCCAUGUUUACAACAUCAGUAAGCAACCGCGUCAGAUCUAGGAGUCUUCCUCGUGAAGGUGCUAGAGCCAAUGAAGGGGACCACAACUCUGGUGCCAAAAUGUCAGCAUAUGAUGCAGAACACUUUCUAGCAAGCCAAGAAAGGAUCUCCACAAAGAGUAAAGAUGUCAUCAAUACCCAGUGUUCACAAGAACACCAUCCCAUAGGUUUAACUUGUUCUCAGCAUCUUCAUAGUCCAGACUGUAAUUCAAAUGAGAGGGGGAGGUCAAGGUUGUCAAGGAUGGCAGAUUCUGGAAGCUGUGAUAUUUCAUCAAACUCUGAUACCUUUGGAAGUCCCAUUCACUCCAUCUCCACAGCUGGGGUUCUUCUUAGCAGCCACAUGGACCAGAAAGAUGAUCACCAGUCAUCCAGUGGGAACUGGAGUGGAAGCAGCUCAACAUGUCCUUCCCAAACAUCCGAAACAAUUCCUCCUGCUGCCUCUCCCCCACUGACUGGUUCUUCACACUGUGAUUCAGAAUUAUCCCUGAACAUUGCCCCUAAUGCCAAUGAAGAUUCUAGUGUCUUCAUAACCGAACACUACAGUGAUCAGCUAGAUAAAGUUAGAGGACACAGGACAAGUUCGUUCACUUCCACUGUAGCGGAUCUACUCGAUGACCCUAAUAACAGCAACACGAGUGACAGUGAAUGGAAUUUCUUGCAUCACCACCACGAUGCAUCCUGCCGCCAGGAUUUCAGCCCUGAACGCCCCAAGACAGACAGUCUGGGAUGUCCAAGUUUUACAAGCAUGGCCACAUAUGAUAGUUUUAUAGAGAAGACACCAUCAGACAAAGCAGACAGUAGCUCACACUUUUCAGUUGACACUGAAGGCUAUUAUACCUCCAUGCACUUUGACUGUGGUCUCAAGGGAACUAAAAGUUAUAUUUGUAACUAUGCAGCUGUGGGCUCCGAGAGUGGCCAGAAUGCAAGCGUUGCUUCCAAUCUCACUAACUGCGCCUGGCAGGAUUACGUAAACCAUAGGAGGCAAGGAAAGCAGAGCAUCUCUCUAAAGAAACCAAAGGCAAAGCCAGCCCCACCAAAACGCAGUUCAUCUUUAAGGAAAUCUGACAGCAGCAUAGAUCUUCCUGAGAAGAAAGAACCAAAGAUAAGCAGUGGGCAGCAGCACAUGCCUCACACUUCCAGGGAAAUGAAGCUGCCCCUCGAGUUUUCAAACACACCUUCGAGAGCAGAAAACACUAGUCUGCCAAGCAAGCAGGAACUCGCCUGGGAUAAUCAGGAGGAGAGUGGAUUAAAAGACCCUCCAUUUGACACCAUGGACAUCCCAUCCUUUAAAGACGAAGGUGCUGAACAAUCUCACUAUGCAGAUCUCUGGCUUUUAAAUGACUUGAAAUCGAAUGACCCUUAUAGGUCUUUAUCCAAUUCUAGCACUGCUACGGGUACUACAGUCAUAGAAUGCAUAAAGUCGCCAGAAAGUUCUGAAUCACAAACGUCACAGUCUGGAUCAAGAGCCACCACUCCCUCCCUCCCUUCUGUUGAGAACGAGUUCAAAUUGGCUUCCCCAGAAAAGUUGGCUGGCUUAGCUUCACCUUCAAGUGGUUACUCAAGUCAGUCUGAAACACCAACAUCAUCUUUUCCUACAGCUUUCUUUUCUGGGCCCUUAUCCCCAGGGGGGAGUAAAAGAAAGCCAAAAGUACCAGAAAGGAAGUCCUCAUUACAACAGCCUUCUUCUAAAGAUGGCAACAUAUCUCUAAACAAAGAUCUAGAACUUCCAGUUAUACCUCCUACUCAUCUUGACCUAAGUGCUCUUCAUAAUGUCUUGAAUAAACCAUAUGCUCACAGACACCAACUACAUGCUUUUAAUUACAAUAAACCAAGUAUGGUAGAAGAAGCACUGAACUCCAAUCCUCCACAAGCCCUUGCAAUCACACCUUCAGUUCUGAAGUCUGUACAUCUUCGAUCCAUUAAUAAGCCUGAAGAAGUGAAACAAAAAGAUCAUACAGAGCUCCAUGUUCAAGGAAACACUUUAUUGGUUACUGCCAUUUCUGGUAAAAUGAAGCCACAUGUAAGCAAGAAGCAAAUAUCACGACAAUACUCCAUGGAAGAGGCCAUUGUGUCCUAUGUUGAUGUAUCUCCAGUACAGAUAACCCCAGAACAACUUCACAUGGCUAACAGUUUGUCUUUCAGUGAAAAGAAUACCUGCAAACAGAUGGUGACCUCAGGAAAUGUGGGUGCUCCAACAGCUAAAUAUGUAACAGAUCAAAUGCAUCGGGUUCAUGAUUUUUUACUAGAGAGUACGCUAAGUAAAGCCUGUGGCAGUUCUGCUGAACCAUUUCCACAAGGCUCAGAUGACCUUUCAAGCAAUUCUAUUGGGAAAAGAACCACAUAUGGAUCAGAGCAGGAGAGGAGUCUUGACCUUGUGCAGCUUCAGCAAGAAUUACCUGCAUACCGUGAACAAAAGUUGGAAUACGAACCUAUACAUGAAACUAUGUCCCAGUCUGGCCCCGCAGGUGGGGGAACAGACAUUAGUCAUCAGCUAAAGCAUCGGCUUGAUCCAAGUCAACAUGAUGACAAAGUGCCUGGGAAUAUCAGCUAUGAAUCAGAGAUCUCAACUGUAGAUUCACUCAGUGAAAAAUCAUCUGAGCAGGAAAACGAAAUUGUGUCAGGUAUUCCAACCAAAAGUGCCUCUGAUGAGAGUGACAGCAGAGCAGCUGAGUCACAAAGGACCCCAGAUGAUGAUGUCUUAAAAGGUACGUUCGUAACUGUUUUUGUUCUGUUUGAGUGAGAUGGCUUUCUGUGGUGGCAGUUCACAGAGAUCAGCCAGCUGACAGCUCCAUUUAUUUUAAUGGAGCUUUGCCAAUACUUUUCAGCAGAGAGAGAGAAAACCUACCAUGCUUUGCAGAAAUAUAUAUAUGUGUAGGAAUGAAUUUGCAUUUCUUUUUAUUUCAGUUCAGCUGAGAAAAGAGCAGUAACCCUUUAUAACGAAGCAUUAUUUUGACAGAUCAUCCAAUAUUUAGACUAGAUUGUCUAGUGCCUGUCAUUAUACUAGCAGCUCCAUUAAUUAUUGAGCAAGUAGAUUACAUUAACCAGCUCUAUUGUAACGUGUGGGAAAGCGUUUGAUUAAGUCUCAGUAGGUCUUCUCUUUUUGUUUUGAAGAAUCUUCCCCAAGUGAUGAUUCCAUAUUCUCACCCUUAAGUGAAGAUUCUCAAGCUGAAGCAGAAGAAGCUUUUGUGUCUCCAAAUAAGCCUCGAACAACAGAGGAUCUAUUUGCAGUUAUUCACCGGUAAGCUCAUUUUAGGGUUAUUAAAAACAGCAAAUGUGCUAUUUUCAUGGCAAUAGGAAUAGACCUAAAGUAAAUCAAUCAACUAUUCAGAGCAGCGGUGAUAAACUACUAGCUUUGAAAUGUGGAUUCUUCAAUCCACUGCACAGGAAUGUUUGUAAUGGUCUUCAUGAUAUGCCUCAUUUAUGUUUUUCUAGUUGUCAUUCAUGAGCAACAGCCUUGUUACUGGGAGUUAAACUGAGGACAGGGUGAAGGAAAAAUUGGAUCAACAGGUCCAAAUAGCAGUCAAGAGAGGAAACAGGAAUAGGAGAGGCUGACUUUCCAAACCUGGUGCAGACAUAGCGGAUUUGCAAUAAAACCUCUUCCAGCUGCUGUUAAGAACCUGCUCUGAAGACUACAUGAGGGCUGUGUAAAUGCAUGGACAUAUGCACGUAUAUGCAGUGCUUUCUACUGGGGGGGGACGCAGGGGUACGCAUACCCCUAAACAAUUUGUGAAUCUAAGUUUGGCUUCACUGAGGGGCAGUAUUUCAAUAGGAGUAGGAAAAUGAGAGUAUACCUAAACAUUUUUUUAGGAAAAAAAGCACUGCAUAUAUGUAUGAGAUCUGCAAUAGCACUGCUAGGUCUCCCCGCCCCCUACUUGUUUUUGAGGCGGGACAGAAAUUAUUUUCAGAUUCCUAUGUUGGUCAGAAGCUCAUCCCCCUCUCUACUGAAUGGAGGACAGGGAGCUGUAUGAAGCCUGACCCUUGGAAUCCUAGUCAUCACCCUUGUGAUUUCUGAGCCUGUUAGGCAUUGCUCACUUAUAUUUGUUUCUCCUGUAAAUGCACAGAUGCAGAAGCCAUUAUACUGUACUGGUAAAUAUAUUAAUAUAGUUCAGUUUUAUAGAGGACACUGUUUACUGUCUAUAUAAUUGCAAAUAUCUCGUGAUCUUGCUCAGCAAAAACAGUAUGAGAUAGGUAUCAAAGCUGUGAAUAUGAUGGCUUCUUCCCUCCCCAUUACAGCUCAAAAAGGAAAGUUCUUGGAAGAAAGGACUCUGGAGAGGUUUCUGCAAGGAACAGAUUGAGAGCUUCAUCUAGUACUAGCAGCGUGUCUUCUAGUGCCAGCAACACAUCACCUGCAGCUUCAACUAAUGUUCCCCCUACAACUGGUGCAGCAAGCCCAGCAAGCAGCCAGCGAUCUCCUGGGCUUAUUUACAGGAACGCCAAAAAGUCCAACACAUCUAAUGAAGAAUUCAAACUGUUGCUCCUGAAAAAGGGCAGCCGUUCUGAUUCUAGCUACAGGAUGUCAGCCACAGAGAUACUAAAGAGCCCUAUUUCACCCAAAUCUCCUGGAGAACUAAUUGGGGAUGCUCUUCAAAAUGCUGAUGAGUCUCCCCAAGCCUCAUCAAGUGCCGAGGCAUUAGCUCCUCUCUCUCCUUCCACUCCGAGAAUGAAUGCAGAAGGGAUUUCCUCAAAAAGCUUUCCAACAUCAGCAUCUUCAAGAGUGGGGCGGUCACGGGCACCCCCGGCAGCCAGCAGUAGCCGCUACAGUGUCCGCUGCAGACUGUACAACACCCCGAUGCAAGCCAUUUCCGAAGGAGAGACUGAGAAUUCCGACGGGAGUCCUCAUGAUGAUCGAUCUUCUCAGAGUUCCACAUAG